AGAAAAAGAAACAUAAAAGAUCAAUUAAAGCAAACGUUUGGGCUUCAUUGAUUGUCGUUAAGUUACAGGCAAUGGCAUGAUGCCGGUUGAUAUUCUACGGCAAUAAAGCUUUUGUUGGGAUCUGCUAAUGCGUUCAUGUGCCUCGUGUUGCUCUCACUCGCAAAGAAGGCCCCUCCCUCCCUCCCUUCCUCUUCUCGGUUCCUUCUGAUCGAAGUGAAAACACUGGCUGUGGCCUGUGAAAGUGUUUCCCAGAGGCGAGAGAGAGGGAAACAGGAGCAAGUGGGGAAUGGAAAGCUUGCAAUUUGCUGCGAGUAAUAACUACAGAUGCACGAGAUGGGAGCCGAGGCGCUUGCUGCUAUAGUGACGAUUGCCUCUUUGUCUCCUUUGCCUUUGACAGUCUCACCUUUACCUUUUUCCUAUUCAGUUUUUUUUUUUGGUUCCACAAUCCAACCUUGCUUCAGUUGCUUCUCCCAUUGGCUUUGGUUUUUGGCUUUUGCCUCCCGAAGGAAGCAACACCUCUGUUCUGUCCUCGAAUCACUGCACUCACAGAAAGCAGGCCAUGGUCUGAGAUGAAGAGACUGUGAGUGCGAAGCAAGAAGCUCGAUGGUCGGAGGCAUCAGGAUGAGGGAUUUUCCUUCCUGCUUCGGCGAAAGCGGAAUCCAGGUCUCCGACUCUUCAUCGUCGUCGGGGGGCAACAGCAAGUCCGCCCAGAACCUCGUAACUUGUCUUUACCAAGCGCAGCUCUUCGGCCGUCCGUCCCUGAUCACGGUCACAUGGAGCAAGAACCUGAUGGGCCAAAGCCUCAGCAUCGAAAUCGAUGAGUUAGCCGGCGAGUCGCCCUGCAAGUUAGAGAUCAAGCCGUGGCUUUUCUCCAAGAGAAAGGGCUUCAAGAGCUUGAACGUGGAGGAAGGCAAGAUCAACCUGUUUUGGGAUCUCUCCGCCGCCAAGUUCGGACCGGGGCCUGAGCCACUAGAGUGUUACUACGUCGCCGUCGUCGUCGACCAUGAGCUAGUCCUCCUGCUGGGCGAUCUGUCCCACGAAGCCCGUCAGAAGACAAACGCCGUCCCUGGCCCGUCAAGCGCAGCAUUCAUAGCCAAGAGAGAGCACAUCUACGGCAGGAAUUCCUAUUCGACGAAAGCUCAAUUCUGCAACAACGGCAAUUUUCACGAUGUUUCAAUAGAGUGCGACACCGUCGGCGUCAAGGAUCCAUGCCUCGAGAUAUGCAUCGACAAUAAAAGGGUAAUGCAGAUCAAGCGACUCGCGUGGAAAUUUCGCGGCAAUCAAACUAUCCUAGUCGACGGCCUUCCCGUCGAGGUGUUCUGGGAUGUUCACAGUUGGCUUUUCGGUCCCCCGAACGCCAAUGCAGUCUUCAUGUUCCAGACAUGCCUCUCGGCCGAAAAGUUCUUUCCUUGGUCUGCAACAUCACAACUUCUGAAACAAUCUCACCUGCAAAGCCUUGGUUUUUCGUUGAUACUACAUGCCUGGAAAACUGAACAGGUGUAGGGGAGUAUCUUGAAGGAGUAUAUUUAUGUCUUUGAUUUUCUUGAGUGCUAACAAAACCCAGUGAGAAAUUUGCUCUAUCGUCCACAUCUACGGUUUGUUGCUGCCUCUUUGUUUGAUGACGUGUGAAGUGUUUGAUAUAUAGGUCAUAAUACCUUGUAUAUCCAUCAAAAGCUGUCUAGAUGUUAAAACAGUGUGUUAAUUAGGAGCAGUCCUCUCCUGUUCUUAUAUUAAUUGCUGCAAACGGCACUGCCUUCUGUUCUGUUUCUCGAGAA